AUGGCGCGGAGCCGCCCGGCCUACGAGUACACGGAGGCGGAGGACAAGAGCAUGCGGCUGGGCUUCCUGCUCAUCGCCGCCGGGCUCCUGUCGCUGCUGGUGCUGGGCUUCUGCUGGCUGCGCCCGGCGCUGCAGGAGCGGCGCGGCGGCGGCGCCGCCAACUGCACGGUGCUGGCGGUGCGGCAGCUGGGCGAGCGCUUCGCCUGCACCUUCUCGUGCGGCGCCGCUUGCCGCGGCACGGCCCGCUACCCCUGCCUGCAGGUGCUGGUGCGCACCUCGCGCUCCGCCGCCCCCGCGCUCCUCCACGAGGACGAGCGGCAGCUCCGCACCAACCCCAAGUGUUCGUACAUUCCUCCCUGUGCAAGAGAUGAUCAGGAGAACUCUGAGAACGUCACGUACAAGCAGAAAUACUGGAAAGAGAAAGUGGGUUCGCAACCAUUUACUUGCUAUUUUAACCAGCACUUAAGGCCGGAUGACGUAAUGCUGAAGCGCACCCACGACGAGACUGUGCUCUUGCACUGCUUCCUCUGGCCCCUGGUGACGCUCGUGGUCGGGGUCCUCAUCGUGGUCCUGACCAUCUGCGCGAAGAGCUUGGCUGUGAAAGCGGAGGCAAUAAAAAAGAGGAAGCAUGCGUAAACAGAAGAGGGGCUGAAGGGAAAGAAAAAGUUGCAAGGAAGUCGCAAGCGGGGAAACUCGACACACCUGCGCUUCUCCGGGGUGCCCAGAUGUGCUUGUUUCCAGUGUCGCAGCUGAUCGUGGAGCUGCUGUUGCCUGAGGAUUAGUCGUGGGAGACCACCCUACGAAAUGUCAGCUCAUUGCUGCUUCUGCUGUGACAAUAAAUAAGUAUACUCCACCGAAAGAACCUACGCCGUACCAAACGCGCCGUACUCUACUACUCUUGAACAACAGCUACCCGGGCAUUGAGAGACGGUUUCUGAAAAUCCCCAAUUUCAUCUCUG